AUGGCCCACGUGCGAGGCUCUGUGGAAACUUUAAGUCUGUUGUUGGACCUCCGUGAAACAAGCCAACUUACAUGGUACACGUGUGCUUACGCGCGUACGAUAUGCAAGCAGAGUCCGGUCUCGGCAGCAGGCGGGAAGUUGCUUUACCAAUUCAAGGCUGGUAUCGUGAACGGGGCAUUACUGCCGGCACCAGAAUGGUUUGGCCUGUUAGCAUGGAAGGGGUCUGGCGUGCAAUUUGGAUCAGGUUCUUCGGAAGCACGGCAAGGCCGCUGCCUGGCGGACUUGGGGAAGGCGCAGGGCGUUGCCGAGGCGCGCUCCACUCCUGUCACGUACCUAGUGUACACAGUUAUGAGCGUCUUCCACCGACAGACAAGCAGCCUCGUUGACGCCAUGUAUUCCCGAAACCGCCGGCGCGCUAGCGUUAGGUGCCCUAAGAAGCUGCCCGAGCGCCACGAUCCACGCAGCCGCACCUUGUUUUCCCAGCUGGGCAAUUGGAUGAUGCGAUUGGCUGGGAAAUUGCAAGUGCCGCCGAAUCGGCCCUUCCAGGCUAAAGUCGCUGGCGCAGUAAUAACGGCGCCCCUCUUCCUGCGGCAGGCACCCCCGGAUUCGAUUGGCAGGGUGUCAUCCCGUGAGGCAGUUUUGCAUGGCGCCGAUGGCUUCCCGCACCCACUGGCAGCUUGCAACCUCCUGGAUUCUGGGGUCGGCAGCUGCGCACACAGUCUGCAGUCUGAAGUCUGA